AUGGGUGUGUUUCUCGCUUUGUUUAUACUCACCGUUACACUGGGUUUUCUCGUCCUCAAGUACCGUCAUGGCUACUGGGCACGCCGUCACGUGCCACACAAUGAGCCUAGCUUCCCGAUGGGCGAUUUCAAAAACUGGCAGAAAACACAAACGUUUGUCGAAGUUUUUUUGCCAGUCUAUAAUAAAUUCAAAGGCAGGGCUCCCUUUGCCGGCAUGUUUUUGAUGUUUCGCCCCAUCGCACUAAUUUUGGACAUUGAUUUAGUGAAAAAUAUUCUUAUCAAAGACUUCAACAACUUUCACGAUCGCGGUGUCUUCCACAACGAGAGAGACGAUCCACUCACCGGCCACUUAUUCGCUUUGGAUGGGCAAAAGUGGCGCGCACUGCGUCAAAAACUAUCACCGACCUUCACAUCCGGUAAAAUGAAGUUUAUGUAUCCCACCAUCACCAAGGUGGCUGAGGAGUUCGUACGAGUUAUGCAAGAAAAGCAAGCGACGUCUGCUGGUGGCAUCAUAGAAAUGGGCGAUUUAGUAUCCCGCUUCACCUCCGAUGUGAUUGGUACCUGCGCUUUUGGCAUCGAAUGCAACGGCCUACGCAAUCCGACCGCAGAAUUUGUGGUGAUGGGACAGAAGGCGGUCAGCGAAAGGCGACAUAAUAAAUUCGUAGAUGCUCUGCUUGAGUCAGCGCCUAAGUUGGCGCGUGCACUACGAAUGCGGCAAAUAUCACAGCAAGUGCACGACUUCUACAUGGGCAUAGUCCGUGAGACUGUCUCCUUCAGGGAGAAGAACCAAGUGACCCGCAGAGAUCUGAUGCAAAUUCUGAUUGAAUUGAAAACGAAAGAUGGCAAGGAUGGCGGUCUCACAAUGGAUCAAAUUGCCGCACAGGCUUUUGUUUUCCUAUUGGCCGGCUUUGAGACCUCGUCCACUACAAUGGGCUUCGCACUGUACGAAUUGGCUAAGCAUGAGGAUAUACAAGAGCGGCUACGCAAAGAAAUUUUGGAAGUGCUUGAGCGGUAUAAUGGCGAAUUCACCUACGAAGCAAUGAUGGAUAUGCAUUAUAUGGAGCAGGUGUUUUCGGAGACCUUAAGGAAAUACCCAGUACUGCCACAUUUGACACGCGAGGCCAAUGCGGAUUAUAAAACCGGAGACUCGCGCUACACUAUCGAAAAGGGCACUAUGAUAGUUAUAUCCGUAGAUUCCAUACACUAUGACCCCAAAUACUACCCCAAUCCAGAACAGUUCGACCCCGAACGUUUCACGGAGGCGGAAAUCAAGAAGCGACCCGCAUGCACAUGGCUACCGUUCGGCGAUGGGCCACGCAAUUGUAUCGGCUUGCGUUUUGGCAAAAUGCAAGCAGUAGUUGGACUGACAUAUUUGCUGCGAAAUUUCAAAUUCUCACUUUGUGAACAAACCAAUGUCAGCAAGCACGGCAUGAAGGGAAGAGUCUUGCUGCAUUCGGUUGAUGGAAUUAAAUUGCGUGUGGAGCCUGUGUAGAUAAAUUAAUUUUCGGGUAUAAGCUGAAAUAAAUUUGACUGCUAAUUUUAUUUAAAAAAAGAUGUGAAUAUGUAAAUGUAUGUAAGUUUAUAAUAUAGUAUAAAUGAGUUAAUAAAACAUAUUGUUGCUAAUUUAUAAAAA